GAUUUGAGCUCAGAGCAGCUGGUCUUCGCGGCUCGGUCCCUCCUUCGCGCUCCUUCGCUGUGCGCCGCCACCCGCAGGGCUGCGGGGCUCUGUGGCAUCUCUCGGGCGCGGCCCGCCGUCCUCGCCCCUGCCUCCGGGCCGCCCCUGCCUCGGGGCCGCUCCCGCCCCCGGCGCUGCUCGCUUCCCCCCACUCGGACUCCCCCAUGUAUGACGACUCCUACGUGCCCGGGUUUGAGGACUCGGAGGCGCCCAGCUUCUCUCCCAGGCUGGAAACUGGGCACCCAGCACAUGGGUGAGCCAGCUGACUGAGUCCCAUCCAUUCCACGCCUCCGGCUGAGGCGGCCUCAGAGCAGCAGGCAUCCGGAGCUCCUGCUCAGCAUGGAGGACCUGGAGGGUUCAGCCGACUCCUAUACCAGCCGCCCAUCUCUGGACUCAGACGUCUCCCUGGAAGAAGACCGGGAGAGUGCCCGACGUGAAGUGGAGAGCCAGGCUCAGCAGCAGCUUGAGAGGGCCAAGCACAAACCUGUGGCAUUUGCUGUGAGGACCAAUGUCAGCUACUGUGGCGUACUGGAUGAGGAGUGCCCAGUCCAGGGCUCUGGAGUCAACUUUGAGGCCAAAGAUUUUCUGCACAUUAAAGAGAAGUACAGCAAUGACUGGUGGAUCGGGAGGCUAGUGAAAGAGGGCGGGGACAUUGCCUUCAUCCCCAGCCCCCAGCGCCUGGAGAGCAUCCGGCUCAAGCAGGAGCAGAAGGCCAGGAGAUCCGGAAACCCCUCCAGCCUGAGUGACAUUGGCAACCGGCGCUCCCCUCCUCCAUCCCUAGCCAAGCAGAAGCAAAAGCAGGCAGAACAUGUACCCCCAUAUGAUGUGGUGCCCUCUAUGCGGCCUGUGGUGUUGGUGGGACCCUCUCUGAAAGGUUAUGAGGUCACAGACAUGAUGCAGAAGGCUCUCUUUGACUUCCUCAAACAUAGGUUUGAUGGCAGGAUCUCCAUCACCCGAGUCACAGCUGACCUCUCACUAGCAAAGCGAUCUGUACUCAACAAUCCUGGCAAGAGGACCAUCAUCGAGCGUUCCUCUGCCCGCUCCAGCAUUGCUGAAGUACAGAGUGAGAUCGAGCGCAUAUUCGAGCUGGCCAAGUCCCUGCAGCUGGUCGUGUUGGAUGCUGACACCAUCAACCACCCAGCACAGCUGGCCAAGACCUCACUGGCCCCCAUCAUUGUCUUCGUCAAAGUAUCUUCACCAAAGGUACUCCAGCGUCUCAUCCGCUCCCGUGGGAAGUCACAGAUGAAACACCUGACUGUACAGAUGAUGGCAUAUGAUAAGCUGGUUCAGUGCCCACCAGAGUCAUUUGAUGUGAUUCUGGAUGAGAACCAGCUGGAGGAUGCCUGUGAGCACCUGGCUGAAUACCUAGAGGUUUACUGGCGGGCUACACACCACCCAGCCCCUGGCCCUGGACUUCUGGGCCCUCCAAGUGCCAUCCCUGGACUUCAGAACCAGCAGCUGCUGGGAGAGCGUGGCGAGGAGCACUCGCCCCUCGAGCGGGACAGCUUGAUGCCCUCCGAUGAGGCCAGCGAGAGCUCCCGCCAAGCCUGGACAGGAUCCUCGCAGCGUAGCUCCCACCACCUGGAGGAGGACUAUGCAGAUGCCUACCAGGACCUGUACCAGCCUCACCGCCAACACACCUCGGGGCUGCCUAGUGCUAAUGGGCAUGACCCACAAGACCGACUCCUCGCCCAGGACUCGGAGCACAACCAUAAUGACCGGAACUGGCAGCGCAACCGGCCCUGGCCCAAGGAUAGCUACUGACAGCCUCCUGUCUUACCCUGGCAGGCGCAGGCACAGCUGGCUGGGACUUCCACUCUAGGCAGGUUGGCGUUAGACUGGCAUUAGGCUGGCACUAGGCUCAGCCCCCACAACCCCCUGCCCAGCCUCAGCUCGAGGUCUGCCUGUGGUCCCAAGGUUCUAGGAGAAGCAGGGGGCCCCCUCACCUCCUGGGCAGUGACCCCCUAGGCUCCCAUUCCAGGUACUAGCUGCGUGUGCUGCACCCCUGGCACCUUCCUCUCCUCCUGCACAAGAAGCUGCCCCACUGGGCAGUGCCCUCAGGCCAGGAUCCCCUUAGUAGGGGCUUUCCCACCAGACUCAGGGAAGGGAUGCCCCCUCAAAGUGGCAAGAGGAUAGGGUGUGGGCGACAUGGCAUGAGGAAGAAACAAGGUCCCUGAGGAGACACAAGUCCUGAUAGCCAAAGGACUCAGGGUUUGUGCUUUGGGGUCUGAGGGCCUCCACUCACCUCACUGCCACACACUAGAAAUGACAAUCAAAGCCCAACAGAGUGGCACUCCCAUCCGUCAGCUGGGUGGGGCAUCCACAAACAAGGCUGGAAUAGCAGGCCAGCUGAAACUCUGGAAGAGAAGGGCUCUCCUUACCCUGUCAGGAAGCUUCAUAAUAGCUGACAGGACCAGGGACCAGAAGCAUGGUCAAGCCAAAUGGUAGACAAGAGCCAACUUGGAUUGGGGGCUUGGGAAGGGAGGACAUGAAUGUCUGGAACAACUUUGGGGGCCUCCUUGCCCCACUCAUCCUUUUGCUCUUGCAUCCUUUCAUUUCUGUUUUUGGCCCUCAGGCCUCCUGGGGGAUAUGGGCCCCAAACUUUAUUCCCUGAUUUCAUAGCUGCUGCUUAAGUUAGGGUUAGAUGAGGAGAGAGAGGACACAGUGGACAGCCCCCAGAGGCCCUGUCUACCCAGCUACCCUUGCCUUACGGCUCUAGUGUGUGAUCUACAGAGCAUGCUCCACAGGACCCUGCCCCACCUCACUGUCAUCACUAAUAAACAUCAUGCACAGUC